UCGGGACAUGCAGCUGAGGCACGUCCGGACGCUGCUCACCCCGCAGGAGGGGGCAGCCAAAGUAACAUGCAUGUCCUGGGCCCCAAACAAUUCCAAAUUUGCUGUCUGCACUGUGGACAAGGUGGUUCUCCUAUACGAUGAACAUGGCGAGCGGAGGGACAAGUUCUCCACGAAGCCUGCAGAUCCUAAGUAUGGCAGGAAAAGCUAUGUGGUGAAAGGCAUGGCGUUCUCCCCAGAUUCCACCAAGAUUGCUGUUGGGCAAACGGACAACAUCAUCUUUGUCUACAAGAUCGGGGAGGAAUGGGGUGACAAGAAGGUGAUCUGCAACAAGUUCAUUCAGACGAGUGCUGUGACUUGUUUGCUGUGGCCAGAGGAGAACACCAUAGUCUUUGGGCUCGUUGAGGGCAAGGUUCGUCUAGCAAACACCAAGUCCAGCAAGUCAUCCACUAUUUACGGGACAGACUCCUAUGUAGUAUCAUUGACCUCCAACACCUCAGGGAAGGGAAUCCUAUCUGGCCAUGCAGAUGGAACGAUCGUGCGCUACUUCUUUGACGACGAAGGCUCUGGGGAGUCCCAGGGCAAGUUGGUAGUGCACCCUUGUCCCCCUUAUGCCCUGGCAUGGGCAUCCAGCAGCAUUGUGGCCGCAGGCUGUGACAAGAAGAUUGUGGCCUACGGGAAGGAGGGGCAUGUGAUCCAGACCUUUGACUACAGCCGGGACUCUUCAGAGAAAGAGUUCAUGGUAGCUGCUGCCAGCCCUGGGGGACAGUCAGUGGUAAUCGGCAGCUUUGACAGGCUCAGGGUGCUGAACUGGAGUCCCCGUCGGAGUGCCUGGGAGGAAGCCAAACCCAAGGAGAUCCCUCACCUGUAUACAAUCACGGCCUUGGCGUGGAAACGGGAUGGCUCACGGCUCUGUGCGGGCACCCUCUGUGGUGGGGUGGAGCAGUUUGACUGUUGUCUUCGCAGAACCAUUUACAAGAACAAAUUUGAGAUGACAUACGUAGGACCCAGCCAGGUCAUUGUGAAGAAUCUGUCCACGGGGAUGCGAGUGGUGUUGAAAUCCCACUACGGCUAUGAAAUUGAUGAGGUGAAAAUCCUGGGGAAGGACCGCUACCUUGUGGCCCACACUUCAGACACCCUGCUCCUGGGGGACCUCAGUUCCACCAAGCUUAGUGAGGUGGCCUGGCAAGGGUCCGGAGGGAAUGAGAAGUUCUUCUUUGACAACGAAGGCGUCUGCAUGAUCUUCAACGCAGGGGAGCUGACCCUGGUGGAGUACGGCAACAAUGAGAUCCUGGGCUCUGUGCGCACCGAGUUUAUGAACCCCCAUCUCAUCAGCGUCCGCAUCAAUGAAAGGAGGCAGCGGGGAGUGGAAGAGAACAAGCGGCUGGCCUAUCUGGUGGACAUCAAGACGAUAGCAAUGGUGGACCUCGUGGGUGGCUAUAACAUUGGCACCAUCAGCCACGACAGCAAGAUUGACUGGCUGGAGCUCAACGAGACAGGUCACAAGUUGCUCUUCCGGGACAAGAAGAUGAGGCUGCAGCUGUAUGACAUCGAGGGAGCCACCAAGACCACCAUCCUGAGCUACUGCUCCUAUGUGCAGUGGGUCCCAGGGAGCGACGUGGUGGUGGGCCAGAACCGAAGCAGCCUCUGCGUGUGGUAUAACAUCGACACCCCAGAGCGCGUGACCAUGUUCCCUAUGAAGGGUGACAUUGUGGACCUGGAAAGAAGCAACGGGAAGACAGAGGUGAUUGUGACCGAAGGGGUGAACACAGUGUCCUACACCCUGGAUGAAGGGCUGAUCGAGUUCGGCACAGCAAUCGACGAUGGCGAUUACCACAGGGCCGUUGCCUUCCUAGAGACCCUGGAGAUGUCCACGGAGACAGAGGCCAUGUGGAAGACGCUGAGCCGACUGGCCCUGGAAGCCAAGCAGCUGCACAUUGCUGAGAGGUGUUUUGCUGCUCUUGGGCACGUGUCCAAGGCCCAGUUCCUCCAUAAGACCAAUGAGAUUGCGGACCAGGUGGCCAAAGAAUAUGGAGGGGACGGCACAGACUAUUACCAGGUGCGGGUCCGCCUGGCCAUGCUGGAGAAGAACUACAAGCUGGCGGAGAUGAUCCUACUUGAGCAGAAUGCUGUGGAUGAAGCCAUGGAGAUGUACCAAGAGCUGCACAUGUGGGACGAAUGCAUUGCGGUGGCAGAGGCCAAAGGCCAUCCUUCCUUGGAGAAACUGCGCCGAGGGUAUUACGAGUGGCUGUUGCAGACACAGCAGGAGGAGCGGGCUGCAGAGGUGCAGGAGAGCCAAGGGGACUUGCAAGCAGCCGUCGGCCUCUACUUGAAGGCGGGGCUGCCGGCCAAAGCGGCACGGCUGGCCAUGGGCCGAGAGGAGCUGCUGGGCAACACCGACCUCGUCAAUCGCAUUGCCACAGCUCUUAUCCGAGGGGAGCUCUUCGAGCAGGCUGGGGAGCUGUUUGAGAAGACUCGGAACCCCCAAAGGGCGCUGGAGUGUUACCGGAAGGGCAGCUCUUUCCUGAAAGCAGUGGAGCUGGCUCGUCUGGUCUUCCCAGCGGAAGUUGUGAAGCUGGAGGAGGGCUGGGGGGACCAUCUGGUGCAGCAGAAGCAGCUGGACGCUGCCAUCAACCACUAUAUUGAGGCCAGGUGUGCCGUCAAGGCCAUCGAGGCGGCCAUCGGGGCACGGCAAUGGAAGAAGGCCAUUUACAUCCUGGACACGCAGGACAAGAAAACGGGAGCCAAACACUAUCCCAAGAUAGCCCAGCACUAUGCAGCCCUGCAGGAGUAUGAGAUAGCCGAGGAGGUGUACAUCAAAGGAGACUGCAUAAAGGAUGCCAUCGACAUGUACACGCAGGCCGGACGCUGGGAACAGGCGCAUAAGCUGGCAUCCAGGUGCAUGAGGCCGGAGGACGUGUCUGUGCUGUACAUCACUCAGGCCCAGGAGAUGGAGCGGCAAGGGAAGUACAAGGAGGCCGAGCGGCUGUACGUCACGGUCGACGAACCGGACUUGGCCAUCACCAUGUACAAGAAGUGCAAGAUGUAUGACGAGAUGAUCCGCCUGCUGGCCAAGUACCACAAGGACCUGUUGAGCGAUACGCACCUCCACCUGGGCAAGGAGCUGGAAGCUGAUAGCCGCCUGCAGGAGGCGGAGUAUCAUUACCUGGAAGCCAAGGAGUGGAAGUCCGCCGUGAACAUGUACCGAAUGAAUAACAUGUGGGAUGAGGCCUACAGGGUGGCCAAAGCGCACGGCGGGGUGAACUCCCACAAGCACGUGGCCUUCUUAUGGGCAAAGAGUCUGGGCGGAGAGGCGGCUGUGAAGCUCCUGAACAAAUUUGGACUCCUGGAAAUGGCCAUUGACCAUGCGGCUGACAACAACAUGUUUGACUUUGCCUUUGAGUUGGCUCGGCUCUCACUCAAACAGAAGCUGCCCGAGAUUCAUUUCAAGUACGGCUCCUUCUUGGAAGAUGAGGGCAAAUUUGAAGAGGCAGAAGUGGAGUUUGUGAAGGCCGGGAAGCCCAAAGAAGCAGUCCUGAUGCACGCUCAUGCCCAGAAUUGGGCUGCUGCCCAGCGGGUGGCCGAGGCCCAUGACCCAGACAGCGUGGUGAUCGUGUUGGUUGGCCAGGCUGAUGCUGCCUUCAAGCAAAAGGAGUUCCCGAAAGCGGAGGCCUUGCUGCUGCGAGCUCAGCGUCUCGACCUGGCAGUGAAGCACUACAAGGAAGCAGGCAUGUGGGCCGAUGCCCUGCGGGUCUGCAAGGAGUAUCUUCCUGGGGACCUGGAGGCCCUGCAGGAGGCGUACGAAAGAGAGGCAACCAAGAAGGGUCUCAGGGGCAUUGAGGGGAUCCUGGAGCAAGCACGUGAGUGGGAGCAGGCAGGCGAGUACUCCCGAGCUGUGGACUGCUACCUGAAGGUGCGCGACCCGGGCAACAACGCCCGGAUGGAGAAGUGCUGGAUGAAGGCGGCAGAGCUUUCCAUCAAAUUCCUCGGCCAACCCCGGAGCAUCGAGGUGAUGCGAACGGUGGGACCUCAGCUAGUCAGCAUUGGCAAGUUCAAUGUGGCAGCUGAGCUCUACCUCAAUCUGGAUAUGAUCAAGGAAGCCAUCGAUGCCUUCAUGGAGGGGGAAGAGUGGAACAAAGCCAAACGGGUGGCCAAGGAGCUCGACCCCAGGUACGAAGAGUACGUGGACCAGCACUACAAGGAGUAUCUCAAGGAGCAGGGCAAAGUGGACUCGCUGGUGGGAGUUGAUGUCAUGGCUGCCCUCGAUAUGUACGUGGAGAGAGAACAAUGGGAAAAGUGCCUAGAGACAGCCGCCAAGCAGAAUUACAAGCUGUUGCACAAGUACGUGGCCCUUUAUGCCACCCACCUCAUCCGCGAGGGGAGCUGGGACAAAGCCCUGAGCCUCUACGUCCAGCAUGGCACACCUGCCAAUUCCCAGAAUUUCAACAUUUACAAACGGCUCUUUGUGGAGAUGGUGAAUGUAGCUGGCAUGAACAACGCGGAGGCCUAUGGCAGCUGGGCUGACCUGCGGGACGUGCUUUCCAACCUGUGCGAGAACCUGGUGAAGUCAAGUGAAGCCAACACUCCUGCUCACGAGGAGUUUGAGACCAUGCUGCUUGUGUCCCACUACUAUGCCACACGGGCUGCAGCCCAGAGUAUCAAGCAGUUGGACACUGUGGCAGCAAAGCUUUCCAUCUCCUUGCUACGUCACACGGACAUCGUCCCUGCAGACAAGGCCUUCUAUGAAGCUGGGACCGCAGCCAAGGAAGUUGGCUGGGAGAACAUGGCCUUUAUAUUCCUGAACAACCGCUUCCUUGACCUGACAGAUGCUAUUGAGGAGGGCUCCCUCGACGCUCUGGACCACUCUGACUUCCAAAAUACAGACAUCCCUUAUGAGGUGCCGCUGCCUGCCAAGCAGCAUGUGGCGGAAGAGCAGCGGGAGGAGAUCCGCGACUGGGUGCUCACCAUGUCCAUGGACCAGCGGCUGGAGCAGGUGCUGCCGCGGGACGAGCGUGACAGCUAUGAGGCCUCGCUAGUGGCGGUGAGCACAGGUGUGCGCUCCCUGCCCUGCCUUAUCACAGGCUAUCCUGUGCUGAGGAACAAAGUGGAAUUCAAGCGGCCCGGCAAGCAAGCCAACAAGGAAAGUUGGAACAAGUUUCUGAUGGCUGUUAAGAUGUCACACAGUCCCGCCUGCCAGGAUGUCCUCAAGUUCAUCAACCAGUGGUGUGGGGGGCUACCCACCACCAGCUUCUCCUUCCAGUGAGCCGGGGUCUCCUGCUCCACACCCGCCACAGACUGUUCCCUUCCAGGAAGGGGCCCCCCUCCCUUGCUAUUUAUUCUCCAGUAAUUAAACAUAUAUAUUCUCUGUACUACUCUGGUUCCUGUCUUUGUGGGGGGUGGCCCCGCCCUG